AGAGCCGACGCCCCCGCCAAUCCUCCAUAGCCGAGCCUGGCCCUUCUCCUUCACGCCCCACCCCUCAUUCGGGCAAUCACCGACGGACGCGGCGACAAGGCGCGGCGACUAGGAUUCCGCCCUGCCCGCGGCCGCCGCCGACUACCUCGGCGCGCCUCACGGAGGGCGCGAAUCGGGCGGGCCGCCUCCUCACGCGGCGGGACGUCCGCCCACCACCGGCGCCGGCCCGCCUCCUCCCACACGCUGUGCUCCGCCCACACCGACGCCGGCCCGCCUCUUCCUGCCGGACGUGAGCCCUCUGCGACGUCGGCUCGUCUGCUGCCAUCCGGAUUGCGCCCCCACCACGCCGAGUCCGUCUCCUGCCAUUGGGAUUCCGCCCCCACGACGCAAUCCUCUUUGCCCAAUCCGAGGUGGCAUGCUAGCACAAUAAUGCAGUAAGGUUGUGUCAUGAGUAAAAUGUGUCAUGCAUGUGCAUCAAAAGAGACAACCAUGGAUGAGGUCAAUAUCGACCUAACCUGCAGUACAUCUUGCUGCAAGAUGUGUGAUCAUGGUGAGGGAUCAUCAAUUGUUACCGGUGAGACCAACUGGUUGCACAUGGACUCAAGCCCUUGCAGCACUCCUUAUGGCACUCCCAUGUUCAGCCGAGAAAAUUCUUUCUCAAGCUUUGCUAGUUGCUUUUCAAGCCUUGGCGACUCCCUAACAUACUCUGACUUUGAAGAGGAGAUUGAGAUCCAGGAUACUGGUCAAAGUUAUCCUGAUACCCUAUUAAAUGAUGAUCUUAUGGAGCAAGGAGAAGGAAGUUUAAUACGAGUGGAAGAAUGUCAACUCCGUGAUAUUGCUGUUGUUGAUGACGGUGCUACUGUUCCCAUUCCAGCAGAUCAAAAUAUUUCAUCUGGUCAUCCAGAGUCGGAAACACUAGAAGACUCCAAGGGAAAAUUUGAUGACACUAAUAUUACUUCGUGUUUGAAUCCAUCUUCUGAGCAGCAUCAAGAUGUCCUAUCCAACAAUCAAUCUAUAGAAACAAAAUGUGGUGUAUCAGUGGAAGACUUCGAUCUUAAACAAUGCGGUGUGAUAGAUGUUGAAGAGGUCACCAGCCUUCCUAUGCCAGGUGGUGAUAUUAUUCCAUUGAAUGAACAAGUUAUGGCUCAACUUGACGGUAGCAUGGAAAAUACAAUAGUUUAUUACAAUAUAUCAAAUACCGAACCUGACAUGAAACAUGGUGAUGACUUUGAUAGUGAAAACGAAUGUAUAUACCCACUUGUAUUGCCCAGUUUUGAUGCAGAUCCGCUCAUUUGGUCACCACCAGCACCAGAAAAUAUGGAAGAUGACUUUGAUACUGUUUCUAAUAACUCCGAUGAGAAUGAAAAUAAAAGCUCUGGGUGGGCUAGGUCAAGUUUCAACGUUAACAUAGCAGAGAGAAGCAAGGAAAGCCGUGAAGACCAAUUGCAGAAAGUAAUGUCAGAAGUUAUGAAUGGGCAAUUCAAGACCCUUGUAAGUCGUUUCUUGGCUGCUGAAGGGUUCUCUAUAUAUGAUGGAGGCACCAAGAAGAACUGGCUUGAUAUUGUUGCUUCAUUGUCAUGGGAUGCUGCACUACUUGUCAAGCCUGAUGCCAAUUCUGGAAAUGCAAUGGAUCCUGGUUUGUAUGUGAAGGUUAAAUGCAUACCUUCAGGAUCUUACCAGCAGAGUGAAGUGGUCAAUGGUCUUGUUUUUAAGAAGAGUGCUGCACAUAAACAGAUGCGUGCCAAUAUAAAGCAUCCAAAAUUGUUACUUCUUCAGGGUGCGCUUGGCCAUUUUUCAACAGGGUUAGCAUCAAUAAAUUCAAUGAAACAGGAAAAUGAACAGCUGGAGAAAAUACUUAGUGCAGUGAUAGGCAAAUGCCAGCCUGAUGUUAUAUUGGUGGAGAAAGUAGUUUCCCGUAAUGUGAAUGAACAUGUUCAGAAACAAGGAGUUACAGUAGUUAGUGACAUGAAUAUGCGUCGGCUGGAAAGAAUUGCUCGUUGCACUGGCUCUCCAAUAAUAUCAUUGCAGAAUGUUCUUACAAAACCCAGCAUUAUUAAGCAGUGUGAGUCUCUCCAUUUUGAAAAGUUUGUUGAAGAGCAUAAUAUUACUGGAGAUGAUGGAAGGAAGUCAUGGAAAACGUGUUUGUUUCUAGAGGGUUUUCCAAGACCUCUGGGAUGCACAAUACUGCUGAAAGGCGCAGCAAGAGAAGAACUUAAGAAGAUUAAGCGUGUCCUCCAUUUCACUGUCUUUGCAGCUUACCAUUUGAUCCUUGAAACUUCAUUCUUUGCUGAUCAAAAAUUAUUUAUGACAGACAAACCUACCACAGGGAAAGAGAAAUGCUUUAAAACUAAUGCAUGCCUUCUUGGUCCCUGUUAUGAUAGUUCGGAAAACAGUGACACCAUGAAACAUCCAAAUUGUGAUGAUCAGUAUGCUAAUCAGGAAAAGCUCAUUCAUACUGAAAAGCCUAUACUGCUGCAUCUUCAUGAUAACAAAACUAUGACGUCUGAAGAUCCUGCUGGUGAAAAGCAUAUUGACAGCAAAGGCAUUCGGUCAUAUUCAUCAUUGCCUGUUUCAGUUCCCUCGACAAAUUUUAUGCAGGACACACCAUCAUCAGAUUAUGCUGAGUCAAACACAUGUGAUGGUUUUGAUGGCUCAACAUUCAUGGAUACUUCCAAAAAGGUGCACAAGAAACAAUUAUCUGGCGAAAAAUUUCAAAGAACUGCUAAUGGAAUUUGUGCUGAGAGUGGAGCUUCUUUGAAUACUCAGGACAUCUUGAUUUCAAUGUCUAGCCAACAUAUCAGGAACCAAGCUGUUUGCGAACAGAGUCACCUUUCCCGGAUAACUUAUUAUGGGUAUUUCGAUACAUCUCUUGGACGAUAUUUGCAAGAUACUUUACUUAAUGAGAAACACAGCUGCUUAUCGUGCGGUGAGUCUCCAGAAGCUCAUAUGUACUCUUAUACUCACCACAAUGGUACUCUCACUGUUCUUGUGAAAAGACUUCCCAUGGAGUCAUCACUUUCUGGUGAGGCUCAAGGAAGAAUUUGGAUGUGGACUAGAUGCUUGAGAUGCAAUGCUAAGCCGACUAGCAGGGUUAUAAUAUCUUCCUCUGCACGUAAUCUAUCGUUUGGGAAGUUCUUGGAGCUCAGCUUCUCAACUCAUUCUGCUGCCAAGAAGCUGUCAACAUGUGGGCAUUUGCUGCAUAGAGACUGCCUACGUUUCUUUGGAUUUGGAUCCAGAGUUGCUAUGUUCAUAUACUCAUCUGUUGAAAUAUAUUCUGCUUGUAAGCCUCCAUUGACUCUGGAGUUCAAUAACAGAAACAAAAAGGAUUGGCUUGAUGUUGAAGUGAAUAAUGUCCGUCUUAAAUGGAAACAACUCUUCUCAGAAAUUGAAAAUGGAAUACAAGACUUAAGAUCAAGAUACACUACUCAAGCCAUGGGGGAAGGCACCAACAUUUCAGUAUAUGAAGGAUUACUUUUGGAGGUGACUAGGAUGCUUGUGCAGGAAAAAAAUGAAGUUGAGGUUUCUCUGAAGGCGUUUAACCAAGUUGCAAUACCUGAGAGUUUUUCUCAUGAGAUCCUUGGUUUGAACUGGCUGUACCAGCAACUUCUUCUUGGGUUCUAUAUUUGGGAUCUUCGUUUGCUUCAUAUUCUCCAGUACACUAAAGUUAAUACUGUAUCUUCAGACAAUUCUAUUCAUGAAAGGACAGUAAAGAAUGAGCUGAAGAAUUCUGGGAGUAUUGCUAUCCAAGACACACCAUUUAUGAAGAACAUUGGAAUAGAAAGAAAUGAAACAACUAUAAGUUCUUCUAGCAGCUUUGAUGAUUCAUGUAGCAAUAAAAUUUUGGAUAAGGCUCAGCUUAUUGAUAAACUAAUAAUCAAAGAGCAUGAGUUGCCCGUUUAUCAAGAUCAUGAUGUAAGAUCAUCUCUUUCUUCUCCAGGCGAAGCUACUGAAAAUGGUUCACAUCAGUUUGAGGCAACUAUGGAGAUUGGUAAUGAGUUUUGUUCAGAGAAAUCACCAUUGACAAAUCAUGAACAGCCUGCAGCAUCCAAAGUAAAUGAAAUAUGUCGUGUUGUCAUACCAAGUUAUGAUGCAGGAAAAUGGGUCUGGAAUCGAUUUAGUCACUUGGAACUGGAAUACAAGAAAGGACUUCAAGGUGGUUCUUUGUAUAAAUUUCACCUCAUCAACAAAUACACCCCAUGUUCUUCAUCAUUGACACAAUUAAAACAUCAGAUGGACUUGGGGCAUUUUAUACUUGGCCAUGGUGGUAAUAUCUUGUCUAUUGCUGAGGAAGAGGUUUCCAGCAUUAUUGCUGUCGCAUUAACUAUAUCUGAACAACAAGGGUUCUCUUCUGAAGCUGCAUCUAGCAACUUGGAUAGAAAUGCUUCUAUGUUGUCAUCCAUUCUCGCAUCAACAAUAUCACCUAAGGAAUCAACAUCUGGGUUUUAUGAUUCAUUUCUGUCAGCUUUAAAAGAUCUGCAUCCUGAAAUUGAUCUGAACAAUGAAAAAAUAGCUCUUAGAAGCAAAUAUACCGUUGUUUGUAUAUAUGCAAAGCAAUUCCAUGAUCUUCGGAAGAUAUGUUGCCCAUCAGAACUUGCAUAUAUUUCAUCAAUAAGCCGCUGCAAAAAUUGGGAUGCACAGGGCGGAAAGAGUAAGGUUUUCUUUGCGAAAUCAAUGGAUGACAGAUUUAUCAUAAAACAAAUCAAGAAGACGGAGUUUGAUUCGUUCUUAAAGUUUGGUCUCGAGUACUUCAAGCAUUUUGGUGUAUCUGAGGUCUCAAAUAACCCUACAUGUCUCGCAAAAAUUCUGGGAAUAUAUCAGGUUAAGGAAAUAAGGAACGGCAAGGAGACAAGGGCUAAUUUCAUGGUUAUGGAAAAUCUUUUGUUUGGGCAUAAUAUACUACGUAGAUAUGAUCUGAAGGGUGCUCUUUUCUCACGAUAUAUUUCUGAUUCAAAAAAUCCUGAAAUGGUGCUUUUGGAUCAGAAUUUUAUUGAAGAUAUGCGUACCAUGCCAAUCUACAUUGAGGGAAAAACCAAAAACCUCAUGGAACGUGCUAUUUGGAAUGACACAGCUUUUCUAAGUAACAUGAAUGUAAUGGAUUACUCCUUGUUUGUUGGAGUUGACAAACAGAAGAAAGAGCUUGUAUUUGGAAUUAUAGAUUAUUUGAGACAAUAUACUUGGGACAAACAGCUGGAAUCUUGGGUGAAGACAUCUCUUUUUGUUCCGAAGAAUCUAUCACCAACUGUAAUUUCACCAAGGGAGUACAAAAUCAGAUUCAGAGCAUUUAUGUCACAAUACUUUCUAUCAGUUCCAGAUGCUUGAGUCAUGGGGCCUGGUCAUUUCCUGGUAUCAGUAGUUGCCUGAACUUGUCAUGAGUUAGUAUCAAUUCAUCUACUUCAUUUUUGUGGCGUGUGUAUAUCUAUCCUUGUCCAUUUUGCUUCUCAGCAGUUGUACAUCUUAGCAUUUAGGACGCCAGGGAAGGGCAAAUUUUAAGCAAAUGAAUGGUGACACAUAAAUAACCUAGAUAUUGUUCUUUAUUGAUGAUAGUUAGGGUGGAGAUUGAGGAUAUAGGGGUAGAGGAGCAUUUAAUGCACUGCAGUUGUGUUUAUUGGAAUAUAUAUUGCUGAAAUUGCAAGUCAUAUUCUCAUCCUUUGUGGAUUCAGCUUUCUGUAUUACUUUAAUCAAAUGUGUGGUAAGGUUUGUGGGUUGAGCACUACCCUUGCCAUGACAGGCACAAAUACAGUGACACCAUUUGGUCAAUAUGUCUAUUGUAAUUUGAUCUAUCCUGGAACAUCAUGAAUUAUAAAUGUGUGUGUGUGGGUGGGGGGCGUCUUCCAUCUUAGGCAAGAAAGGUGAAGAAACCAUUUUUUUAGGGAAUUAAUUGUGAUUACAGACCGGUGUGCAUGUAAAGAUGAACUAUGCAUAAACUGCUUGUUGCUGCUUGAAAGUAGGCCUGUGCAUGGGUGGAUUAAGAUGGAUCAAGUUGAAAGAUUUGAACUGAGUUCUUAUACUCUAGUUCUGUUUCGCGGUCCUGUUCUGUCUGGUUUAUACAAAGAUAUUAUGGUAGAUUGGACAUGCUUUCUCUUCACGGACUAUUGAAGAGCAAAUUUGUUCAAAUUUUCCUUUUCUAUAUGUGCCAUAUGAAGCAGUUGGCAUGUACGGCGAACUUUCAAGCCAUCAAGUCUCUUGAAGUCUUCAAUAACAUCCAGAAGUACAGUUAGCUUCCAACUUCCAAGCAUCCUGAAUUAUUCUUCUUGGAAUUAUCUUAAAAUUUUUAACCACUCAAUGCAUGAUGUCUGAUCUACUGGUCAGGAAUGUCGUAGGCCCUUCGACUACUGUGAUGUUGUUGUGUCAACUAUCUGCAAGAAUCUUAGGGGUCCUAUGGUGGUACAAUGCUCUUCAAGAAAGGGAAAAAAAAGGGAAACAGGCUGGAUCUUUGAGUAUAGGAUAAAUUUGGUGUUUUCCAUUCAACACAAGGACCCCGAUGAUAAUCAUAUUUCUGACUUGGCAGUAACUCUAAGCAGGUAGCAACUCCAAAUAUAGAGCAUACAUUCUACAAGUCAAGAAAAACACUCAGGCUUUGGCAUCAGCCUUGCUCAGAAGAAAAUGCAGAUUGGUUACUGGUGGCAUGAAUAAUCACUCAGUACUUGGGACUACAGAACUCUAGCCUGGCCGGUGUGGUGCACAUUGCUUGUAUGUUAUACCUCGAAUUUGGACAGGCAAGACCUUUGAGAAGGUCUGCGAGGCAUGCAACAUAUCUAUCAACAAUACACCAGUUUACAGGGAUUCUCCUAGAGGUGUGCGAAUCGGAACACCUGCAAUGGCUGCUGGAGGUGCCUACAGGAGGACUUCGAGGUGAUUGCUGUCAGGAUCAAAGAGAUCCUUGACCAAAAACGAGAUCCGAAGCAGAGCAAGAACAGGGAUAAAACAGUAGGCAACCGGGAAUGGUACAGUAAUGAUCUAGAUCGAGAACGGAAUGGAAGAACUAGCUGCUGUAUUAACUGAAUCAAAGAAAGGACAGUGGGCAAUUCCUAAGAUACAGAGGUCGACAGGAGACCAACUACAGCUAGAGCUAAUUCUACCUAGGGUUCAUCUGAUAGUAUGUCUCGAUGCCCUAUUACAAGCCGGCCAACACCUAAAUAGCAAUGGCGUGGUCAUUAAGUUGACACGGAGCUUCACUGAAAAUAAGUACUGUUAACAUCCAAAAAGAAGCAUUAGUACAGCGAAAGUGCUCUGCUAUCUUGGCAGCCACCCGAUCAGAAUCCAGCAGUCGGAAAUGAAGACGGCCAGUCAUUCAGUAUAACGCCCGACUUACACUGAAGAGCCAAAACGUUAUCUGACGAAACUGAAUGAUCGUUCUUCCUGACAAUUGCCCCUUCCCAAGCAUCCUUGUCCUCAAGGAUGCAAAGUUAGAAAGACCUUGCGGAUGAAAUCAGCAUUUUCCCAAGUAGCUUCACUUUCUGGUAGGUUCACCCAGCUGAUCAACCAUUGGACAACUGGUUCAUUGUUUCAGGGAAUCAUUCUUCUUUGAAGUAUGGCUGAAGGUGCCACUUUGAUAGUACCUUUCUGAUCCACCAGUGGUAAAUCUGGACCUGGCACAGCAUGAGGACCCAAGUGCUUUUUUAAUUGACUGACAUGGAAAAAAUCAUAUAACUGGUAGUGAGGGGGAAGCAAAAUUUUGUAUGCUUCCUUGCCAAAUCUUUCCAACACCCUAAAGGGUCCAUAGAACUUGGAGUGUAAUUUGAGAGAUUUGUGUGUACUCAAGGAUGUAUGUCUAUAGGGCUGUAUCUUCAAGUAAACCAUGUCUCCAACAACGAACUCUCUCUGAUCUGUUCUUAUCA